AGUGCACAUGAUUAAUUGCUGCAUAGGGUUCUACGGACAGUUUGUAUAUAAGCUGCAUGUCAGAUAUAAGAUUCGCGUAUUCGAGAGUUUGUGUUGUUCACAUCGUAAAAUCGCGUAAGUCUUUAUCUCAUCCAAUUAAUUGAUUUUCGUUUUCAAGAAUUUAAGCAUUUCAUGUUUCUACGGCGUCAUAAUUAGGCUACGAAUAUUUAUGCAGAUCUAUAUUUUUGCUUGAACGCGACUAAGCAAAUGGAACCUAAUCGGAAAUAUUUCGUUCAUUAAAUAUUGUAAUAAAUACACUGCAAUUUAAAUAACUUUUUAUACUUUUUGUGUAUUAUGUACAUCCUACGCGUUCUACGUUCGUACAUUUUUACACCUUUGAAAAUUUUCAUAAAUACAGAAACAUCCGCAGUCUGAUUCUAAAUAUUUGAGAUUUUCGUGUGCAAGUGUUUUGGUCGGUCUCUUAUAAAAAGAAGCUACAACGAUGACGAAAAGUCAGGAUAAAGUUUCUACCGAACACAAUUGCUCAGAGUUUCGAACAAUUUUAAUAUUUACUCCCCGUAUUCUUUUCUCUUUUUUCACUUCCCUUUUACAGUCCCGUAAAUCAUUUUCUACGAGAAACGAUAGGAUGAAAAGAUUGAUCUACAUCGUCCUUUGUCUAACGACCGUAACAAAUAUUGUACCGCCGAGUAACGGUAAACCAGUGGUGCCAAAACCUUUGAUCCUCUCAGGACUUAGCUUAAAUUGGCCAUGUCAAAGUACGAAGAACAUUUACGAGACAAGCGGUCGUUACAUCACAAGAAACGUGAUCGCUACCAGAGCACAAAUAUACGAAGACCAAGCGAUCCUAGCUCUGCCACGCUAUAAACCAGGAGUACCAUUUACUUUGGGUGUUCUUUCCAUGAAAUCGCAAAGUUGCGAGCCAAAGGUAGCCCCAUUCCCCUGCUGGGCAAUUCAGGAAGAAGGAAAUUGCCAGGCACUGCAGAGUGCGGUAGAUAUAGUUCUGGAUGUACAAGAUAUCUUGUGGGUUCUCGAUGUUGGAAUCGUCAACACUUUGGAGCAACCUGUACGUAGAUGUCCUCCGAAGGUCGUUGGAGUCAACGCCAAGAGCGGAAAGGUUGUAAAAGUGAUCGACUUGAGCUCGUUGGUAGACAAUACCUCGCAGCUCCAAUACAUGGUCAUUGACUACGCAGAAGAUGGUCAAGUCUAUGUGUACAUUUCUGACGCUGGUACCGGUGCCAUCAUCGUUUAUAAUGUCACGACUGAUAACGGAUAUCGCGUGGUUCUUCCAUCAGCAGUGGCAUCCAACACAGACAAACCCGACGUCCUAUACAUGGCGCUCGUUAGAAGGAAGAGCUGCGGAUCGGUCGUCUAUUUUACGUAUCUAGGCUCCAGCAGAAUGUUCGCGGUCAAAGCAGUGAAUCUGAGAACAGGAAACGCGAAUGGAUCCAUAGUAGACAUCGGCAGAAAGAAGAACAAGAUCGUACUUCUGGGCACUGACAAUGGAUCUGCCAUCUUUUUCAGAAUUAAGGGUGAUUCCAAUAUCUACAUGUGGAACACCGACACUCCUUUCGUCCAAGACAACUUUCUUUUAGUCGAACAAGCUGGAGAGUGUCGACUACCAACGGGAGUUAUUCCUGGUUAUAAGGAUCUAAUGUGGGUGAUCGAGAGUAACUUCCAAGAUUACAUCGAGAAUUCCGUCAGCUGUUCCGGAGCAUCGGUGGCUAUCCAUCCACUAGUGAGUUCUGCCGGCGAAUAGUACUAAAAGCCGGAAGCAACGCUCCUGAAACACCACGGUUGCGCGUUAUAUUAUCUUAACUAAUAUCGUUAGCGAUAGCGUUUGAGUUGUAGCGGAAUAUUAGACACAGUUAUAUCUUGACGUUGUUCAAAAAGUAUUAUCAAUUUGAUCGAAGCUUUGGGAGAGAAAGGGAAUAGAAAAUUUUAGGAAAGACUAUAUACUGUCGAUGCUAUCGAAAGGGGUUAAUCUAGUCAUAAAACGCUUUCCUUCGAGCAUCCUGUACAAAGUGACUUAAUCUUCGAGGAACAUCGAAGCUGGACAAAUAUCGACCAGUGUCAAAUAAAAAGCUUCGCAGGCCGUUUUCUAAAUGGCCGAACGAAACGAAGCGAAUCUUACUGCAAAGAAACGGUAAUACCUAUGUAAACAUAUCAUUGUAUUUUUCGUCGUUUUGUCACGUUCAAAAGUAUCGUUAAUAAUUUCCCUUGCAUAUAUGAAUGCACUGAAAUUAAGCUUGACAAUGUCGUGAUUGAAAUUUCUUUAUAAAUUCAUCUCGAUGUCACGCAAAAUGUGAAAGGUAUAUAAGAAAGUAGAUAAACACGUUAGAACAGUAUGGAAUUAAAUCGUUAACCGAGAUAUUAAUACAGUCCCGAAUAGUUACGUCAAUUCCAUUCUAAUGGAUAAUAUUAAUGUGAUUAGGGAAAAUUGUUCCACUUAAAUUAGUUUCUAGUGUCGAUGUUUCGCACGAUUGUUAUAUAGUUAUUAAUUUUCGGCAAUUAUUUUCCGACGACUAGCUUAAUUUUGUGAGUCCAACAUGUCUCUCAUAUCGAUCUAGUGCGAUGACAGGCGUUGAUCGCUCUAGCGCGCGUUAUAUAAUGAAUUCCGACUAUAUGUACACACAUAGCAUCUCAUUAAAUCUAAUUAUUCGUUUACCGUU